UAGUAGCAAGGUCGAGCAGCGGCACUGCAGCUUGACGUUUUGGGUAAUGUUGCCACAGCCAUGGAGUGUCAACGCAUGUCAGAAACGUGGUUCAGCUGAUAAUGAAAAUGAGCACGUUUCAAGGAGUUACUGCCGUCUGUACACUAUGUUAAAAGUUUGCAGCAGUGUCAAUGCGGUGUCGCCUCAUUGAGUAAGAUUUUAGCUAUCGUAAACACAGUUAGCUGAGAGGAGCUAGCUAAGUGACGUUUAUAUUACCGGUAAACAUGAGUUCCGCUCCAAAUCAUGGCACCGUUAACGUUACAGAAACGGGGCUGUCCGGCAAACCCGCUGUCUCAGUAGCCGGACAUGUCCAGCAAGUCUUCAGCCAUGUGAAGAUAGAAAACCUGAUCGCGGGGCUCAGCGGAGGAGUGGUGUCAACACUGAUGCUUCACCCUCUGGAUCUGGUCAAAAUCAGGUUUGCAGUAAGUGAUGGAUUGGAAUUAAGACCAAAGUACAGUGGGAUAAUGCACUGUAUGAAGAGUGUCUGGCAGCAGGAGGGACUGAGAGGACUCUACCAAGGAGUGACACCCAAUGUUUGGGGUGCUGGAGCAUCUUGGGGUCUCUACUUCUUGUUCUACAAUGCAAUCAAAGGGUACACGAAGGGGGGCCGUCAAACUGAACUGAGUGCCAUGGAGCACCUGGUGUCCGCAGCCGAAGCAGGCAUCCUCACGCUCACCCUAACCAACCCAAUCUGGGUGACCAAGACCCGGCUGGUGCUGCAGUACAACGCUGACCCAACCAGCAAACAGUACAAGGGGAUGAUAGAUGCCCUGGUCAAGAUCUACCGCCAUGAGGGAGUGCCUGGACUAUACAAGGGCUAUGUUCCUGGUCUGUUUGGCACAUCCCACGGAGCACUGCAGUUCAUGGCCUAUGAAGAGCUCAAGAGAGGCUACAACAAAUACAAGAAAGUGCCUUCAGAAGCAAAGCUGAAUGCAAUAGAAUAUAUCACAAUGGCAGCAUUAUCCAAAAUAUUUGCUGUGGCCACAACAUACCCGUAUCAGGUGGUGCGAGCCCGCCUGCAAGACCAGCACAAUACGUACAAUGGAGUUAUUGAUGUCGUCAGACGGACAUGGAGGAACGAGGGCGCCAUUGGUUUCUACAAAGGCAUCAUGCCCAACUUGAUUCGUGUCACUCCUGCCUGCUGCAUCACCUUUGUAGUUUAUGAGAAUGUGUCUCGCUUCCUUCUAGGACACAGACAAUGAGGCUUAAAAGCAUGGCGUGGGCAAAGACUCUGAGCUCACACUGACAUUUUUCAGACACACAGAGGGAAAAGCAUCAGACUGAAGCCGAACUCUGCUCAGUGUUCAUGUAAAUGUGCUGGUGUGAGAAGCGGUCAUGUACACUGCAAAUGUCAUGACAAACUGAGCCAUGGAAUGAACGGUGGAUCUUUCUAAAUGCAAAGUGUAGUUUUGUAAAAUGUGAUGGCGAGGAUGGCGUAUGUCACUGAUUCAGAUGAGUGACGCUAAAACCAAUGGGGGAAAAAGUAUGUUGCACUACAUGCCUAAGGACAUGCUGCUGUGAUGUUUGUCUUUCUUUCUUUUUUAUGAUGCAUAAGUCAGCAUUUAAAGCGUGUAUCAGAGAUUACAAAAUCCUCAAUAGUUAGGUUUACAUUUGAUGUUUUCUGGCAGCAGAAAGGAAUAUAGGUUGUUAACAUGAAAAGCUGGUUAUCAACAGCAAAUUAAAGAUCGCCUCAGGCUUCCAGUUGCAUGUAUGUGUAAUAUUAGUCUGUAUAAUAUAAAUUAUUUCUUUAUGGCAACAGACUGGAGAUGAUUUUCGUUCCAAAUACGCAGAGACAUUUAUCCCACAGUUCAUACUUUUGUUCAGAUUAUCUUUCCUGGCGACAAAUUGUACCCGCAUUGCUUCAUAACAUUUUAUUAUAAAAUCCAAACUGCUUUA